AUGGAUGUCAAAACUUUUGAUCCGUAUAAUGACAAACCAUCACCCAUUUUAAACGAUUUAAUUGAAGAAAUUGGUAAUAAUAAUUUAAGUUUUAAUUCGAAAUCUUCAACAUCAUUGAAACCUAAUUUGGAACAAUUAGAAGAUACUGUAAUAAAUAUACGACAAGGUAUUGAUAAUUGUUAUCAAACAACACCCAAAUCUGAUAAUGACACUUUCAAGGAUACAAAUAUUGAAUACAAGUGUCAUAAAUGUAAUUACACGUGCACUAGGUUAAAUGUUAUUAUAGCCCAUUACCGGCAACAUUAUGUGAAGUAUGGGCAAAACUCAGAAACCAAUGAGCAGAAUUCUGAAAAUGAGCAACAUAUAAGAAAACGUGUAAAAAGUUCACUUGAUCGUAGUUCAACUUCUACAAAUGAUGAAGAUGUGACAUUGUUAAAAGAAACCGAAUAUUCGAUACAAAAUAAAGUUGAUAAAUCAAAUAUAUUCCAGCUGAAUAUUAAAAUACCUCAACGAAGAGUUUCAGUUUGUAAUGUAAUUCCUUUUCCCAAUUUUAAUAAAUGCAAUCCAAAAGAAAUUGAAUUGAAAAGAGAACAAUGGGAAAUAAGUAAACCAACAACUGAAGUUAAAAUAAACAUUUCCAACCCUAAACCAAUUAGCAGGCGUUUAAGGAGUAAAUUUUAUUUUGAAGAUAAUAAUAAAACAGUGGAACUUAAAGAAUCUGAAAGACUUGUGACUAAAUUGGAGCAAAAGUUUCCUGCUUACAAUGAUGUGCAUGUGCAAGAUAAAAACUCGAAUUUACACCCAGAAACACGAAUUAUUCCGUCGCCUUUUCAAGAAAAUUCCAAGCAACAACCUGCAGAUAUUCUAAAAAGUAAAACAAACCGCAGAAAAAUGAGAAGUAAUUCUUAUUUUGAUGAGAACAAUCAAGUAGUUGAACUGAAAGAAGCUAAAAUAAUUGAGGCUAAAAAACAAAAGUUGCCUGCUUACAUAGAUGUUCACGCGAAAAGUGAGCACUCGAAUUUAUACCCAAAAACACGAAUUAUUUCUUCCCAAGGAAAUUCCAAGCAGAAACCUGCAGAUAUUGUUAAAAGUAAACCAAUCUGCAGAAAAUUAAGAAGUAAUUCUUAUUUUCAUGAGAACAAUCAAGUAGUUGAACUGAAAGAAGCUAAAAUAAUUGAGGCUAAAGAACAAAAGUUGCCUGCUUACAUAGAUGUUCACGCGAAAAGUGAGCACUCGAAUUUAUACCCAAAAACACGAAUUAUUUCUACUUCUUCCCAAGGAAAUUCUAAGCCGAAACCUGCAGAUAUUGUUAAAAGUAAACCUAUCCGCCGAAAAUUAAGAAGUAAUUCUUAUUUUGAUGAGAACAAUCAAGUAGUUGAACUGAAAAAAGCUAAAAUAAUUGAGGCUAAAGAACAAAAGUUGCCUGCUUACAUAGAUGUUCACGCGAAAAGUGAGCACUCGAAUUUAUACCCAAAAACACGAAUUAUUUCUUCCCAAGGAAAUUCCAAGCAGAAACCUGCAGAUAUUGUUAAAAGUAAACCUAUCCGCCGAAAAUUAAGAAGUAAUUCUUAUUUUGAUGAGAACAAUCAAGUAGUUGAACUGAAAGAAGCUAAAAUAAUUGAGGCUAAAGAACAAAAGUUGCCUGCUUACAUAGAUGUUCACGCGAAAAGUGAGCACUCGAAUUUAUACCCAAAAACACGAAUUAUUUCUUCCCAAGGAAAUUCCAAGCAGAAACCUGCAGAUAUUGUUAAAAGUAAACCAAUCUGCAGAAAAUUAAGAAGUAAUUCUUAUUUUCAUGAGAACAAUCAAGUAGUUGAACUGAAAGAAGCUAAAAUAAUUGAGGCUAAAGAACAAAAGUUGCCUGCUUACAUAGAUGUUCACGCGAAAAGUGAGCACUCGAAUUUAUACCCAAAAACACGAAUUAUUUCUACUUCUUCCCAAGGAAAUUCUAAGCCGAAACCUGCAGAUAUUGUUAAAAGUAAACCUAUCCGCCGAAAAUUAAGAAGUAAUUCUUAUUUUGAUGAGAACAAUCAAGUAGUUGAACUGAAAAAAGCUAAAAUAAUUGAGGCUAAAGAACAAAAGUUGCCUGCUUACAUAGAUGUUCACGCGAAAAGUGAGCACUCGAAUUUAUACCCAAAAACACGAAUUAUUUCUACUUCUUCCCAAGGAAAUUCUAAGCCGAAACCUGCAGAUAUUGUUAAAAGUAAACCUAUCCGCCGAAAAUUAAGAAGUAAUUCUUAUUUUGAUGAGAACAAUCAAGUAGUUGAACUGAAAGAAGCUAAAAUAAUUGAGGCUAAAGAACAAAAGUUGCCUGCUUACAUAGAUGUUCACGCGAAAAGUGAGCACUCGAAUUUAUACCCAAAAACACGAAUUAUUUCUUCCCAAGGAAAUUCCAAGCAGAAACCUGCAGAUAUUGUUAAAAGUAAACCAAUCCGCAGAAAAUUAAGAAGUAAUUCUUAUUUUGAUGACACUAAGCAAGUAGUUGAACUGAAAGAAAGUGAUAGAAAUGUGAAUAAAAUUGAACCAAGGUGUUCUCUUUGCAAAGAUAAAUUUAGAGCAUCGACACCUAAGAGACAGAAAAGAUCUGAGAAAUAA